AUGUCUGAGCAGCCAUAUGAUCCUUAUAUCCCUUCUGGCUCCAACGGAGCCACCGCCAGCGCUGCGCAAAAUGGCGACCCCAGAACAAGGGAAAUUGACAAAAAAAUCCAGGAGACUGUCGAUACUAUGCGUUCAAAUAUUUACAAGGUUUCGGAACGCGGUGAACGUCUAGACUCUCUGCAGGAUAAGACUGAUAACCUGGCCGUGUCGGCUCAAGGAUUCCGCCGAGGUGCCAACCGUGUGCGGAAGCAAAUGUGGUGGAAGGACAUGAAAAUGCGCGUAUGCCUGGUUAUCUGCGUUAUCCUCUUGCUGGUAGUCAUUAUUGUUCCUGCCGUUGUUACCACCCGUUAA